AGGGUUCUCACUCAACCGCCAGUAUCGAGACGAGUCGAACUCGCCCACCCACUUCUUGAUCGCCCAUGGCCGACUCUGCCGAGACCGCUGUCGCUGCCUCCGUCGCCGACGCGGUGGAUUUGGACCCCAAAGAAGACGACGAGCACGGCUCCAAAGAGGCGGUCCUCCUCCGUUACUUCCUCCUGGAAUGGGAGCUCGUCAAGUCCCUUCUCGACCGCAUCGUCGCCGGUGGCGGCGUCUCCUCGCCCACCGAUGUCCACAAGAUCCGGUCCAUUAUGGACAAGUAUCAAGAACAGGGUCAAUUGCUAGAACCCUACCUGGAAAGUAUAAUUACGCCUCUAAUGUCGAUUGUUCGCUGCAAAGCCAUGCAGCUCAGGGAUUCCUCGGAUGAAGCCCUCGAAAUCAUCAAGCCCUUGUGUAUAAUUAUAUACUCGCUCGUUACUGUAUGCGGUUACAAGAGUGUGGUUAAGUUCUUCCCGCACCAGGUUUCGGAUCUUGAACUGGCGGUCGAUCUUCUUGUAAUGUGUCACCAAACUACGUCAGCGACAUCACUGCGGCAGGAAAGCACUGGCGAGAUGGAGACCAAGUGCGUUGUUCUCCUCUGGCUAUAUAUACUUGUUUUAAUCCCUUUUGAUAUCUUGUCGGUGGACACAAGCGCCGUGAAUAUAGAUAAUAUGUGUGGAUCCGAGCCUUCACCGUUGGUCAUGAGAAUAUUGGAGAUUUCCAAGGAUUACCUUUCGAGUGCUGGUCCUAUGCGUAGGAUGGCUGGACUGUUGCUUGCGAGGCUUUUAACUCGUCCAGACAUGACAAUUGCGUUUAGCAGAUUCACUGAGUGGGCUCAUGAAGUCCUGUUAUCUGUGACAGAAGAUGUUGUGGACCACUUCAAGCUACUUGGUUUUGUUGAAGCCCUUUCCUCUAUAUUCAAGGUCGGCAGUAAAAAGGUUUUGCUUAGUGUGAUUUCUACCACUUGGAUGGAUUGUUCCCUCCUGAUGAGGUCUACUACUUCAUCUCGCAGUCCUUUGCUUCGGAAGUUAUUGGUCAAAUUAUCACAGCGCAUUGGGCUUACUUGUUUGCCUCAUCGUUCACAAUCAUGGCGCUAUCUGGGAAAAAGCAGCUCAUUAGGAGAAAACCUUUUAGUGAAAAAUUCUGGGGAAGCUUAUGGCAAUAACUUUGGUCAACAUGCUAAUUGUUCCAAUGAUACAGAUUAUUCAGAUUUAGUAGAAGACGAGGAAAUGGAUGUUCCAGAAACUGUAGAAGGGAUACUUGAGUUGUUAUUGUCUAGCCUGCGAGACUCGGAUACAGUUGUGCGGUGGUCAGCUGCAAAAGGUGUUGGUCGCAUAACUGCACGUUUGACAUCUGCCUUUGCUGAAGAUGUAUUGUCUUCAGUGUUGGAGUUAUUUUCACCUGGCGAGGGAGAUGGUUCAUGGCAUGGAGGCUGCUUAGCUUUGGCAGAGCUGGCACGUAGAGGGUUGCUACUGCCUGUUAGCCUUCCGAAAGUAGUUCCUGUAAUUGUGAAGGCUUUGCAUUAUGAUGUAAGGAGAGGUCCUCAUAGUAUUGGGUCUCAUGUCCGCGAUGCUGCUGCAUAUGUAUGUUGGGCUUUUGGCAGAGCUUACUCCGACAGAGAUAUGAAAGAUACUCUGGAGCAACUUGCUCCACAUCUUCUAACGGUUGCUUGUUACGACCGAGAGGUCAACUGUAGAAGAGCAGCUUCGGCUGCCUUUCAGGAGAAUGUAGGAAGACAGGGAAAUUUUCCACAUGGCAUUGACAUAGUCAAUAAAGCAGAUUAUUUCUCUCUUGCAUCACGAGCAAAUUCUUAUCUUCAUGUUGCUACCUCAAUAGCUCAAAAUAGAGACUAUCUCUAUUCUUUUGUGGAGGAGUUACUUUGCGGCAAAAUAAAUCACUGGGACAAGAGCCUGAGAGAACUGACCGCAGAGGCAUUUUCGGCCCUUGCAAAAUAUGAUCCCAAUUAUUUUGCAGAUUAUGUUCUAGGAAAAUUAAUUCCAAGCACAUUAUCAUCCGACUUGUGCACACGUCAUGGUGCUACAUUGGCUGCUGGGGAGCUUCUUUUAACUUUGCAUCAGAAUGGCUUUGUUUUUCCUGCUGAAAAGCAAAAAUCUUUAUCUGGUGUUGUCCCUGCAAUUGAGAAGGCACGCCUUUAUCGGGGAAAGGGAGGAGAGAUCAUGCGUUCUGCAGUUUCAAGAUUCAUCCAGUGUCUUUCUCUCUCUGAAAUGCCCUUAAAUGAGAAGACAAAAAGGACUUUACUUGAUACUCUAAAUGAGAAUUUAAAGCACCCCAAUGCUCAGAUACAGAAUUCUGCUGUUGAUGCAUUAAAGAACUUUGUUCCUGCUUAUCUUGUUACAUUGGGAGAUAAAGUUGCCAAUGAGAUUACCAUAAAGUACCUUGAACUCCUAGAUGAUCCUAAUGUAGCUGCAAGAAGAGGUGCAGCAUUGGCUCUUGGGAUCUUACCUUACGAAUUCUUGGUGCGAAAAUGGAGAAGUAUCAUAACAAAGCUUUGUAGCUCUUGUUCAAUUAAGCAUAAACCUGAUGAUCCAGAUGCUGAAGCACGUGUAAAUGCUGUCCGUGGGUUAAUUGCAGUCUGUGAAACGCUAACUAGUUCUUCCUUUGAUGAUAACUUCAAUGAAGAAUUGUCAUCCUUAUAUUUAUUUAUCAAGAACGAAGUGAUGCAAACACUAUUUGAAGCUCUCAAUGACUAUGCUGUUGAUAACAGAGGUGAUGUUGGUUCUUGGGUGCGUGAAGCUGCUAUGGAUGCUCUUGAGAGGUGCAUGUACAUCAUUUGCAAGAAAGACAGUAUUGGGUCUAACAGAUCACUUGUCACUGAGCACCAGUUUGAGCCAUGUGAUUCUGAUUUUCUAGCAGCUGACUUUAGCUUCCGGCUUAUUGAUGCAAAAAUUGUCACUGACUUAGUAGGAGGCAUUGCAAAACAAGCUGUCGAAAAAAUAGAUAAAAUAAGAGAUAUUGCUGCCAAGACUUUGCAGAGGAUUUUAUACAACCAAGAGUACUUUAUUCCAUUUAUAUCACAUAGGAAAAUACUAGAACAUAUUAUUCCAAAUGAUCCAGAUCUAAAGUGGACUGUCCCUCCUGUAUCUUAUCCACGGUUGGUGCAGCUUCUUCGGAUAAGCAGCUAUAGCAGAUAUGUGCUUUCCGGGCUGGUAAUCUCUACUGGUGGGUUGCAGGAGUCCCUGAGCAAAGCCUCAGUAACAGCUUUGCUCGAGUAUCUUCAAGUUUCAGAAGGUGAUAUAAAUGAAGAGAGGAAUGUCAGAGAAUGUAUGUUGAGUACUGAUUUUCUUUGGAUUCUCCAACAGUAUCAGAAAUGUGACAGGGUUGUUACACCAGCAUUCAAGACAAUUGAGAUUCUUUUUAGCAAAAAGGUAUUCUUGAAUAUGGAGGAUCAUACUCAGGAGUUCUACAGUGGUCUUCUGCAUUCUCUCUCGGUUGAGCCAGAAAUGAAGUUACAGUUGAGACAGAUGACCAGAAAAUCUGGAAAAGGAAAUUCAAUAUCUUGAAUCUACUUUUAACAGCAAAGGAUAUGGAAUAAUAUGUAACCUAAAGAUUAAAGUGGAAAGGCCAUAUGGUCGCUAAGGCCAUCUAUAAUUUGUGGAUCAGAAUGUUAGGCAUUUCAUACCGUAUUCGGCAGGCGAUAAGGGUUGUCAUAAGAAAUAAUUGUUGGAGAUUUGGCAAAUGCUGUGUUCUCAGGGUGAGUUUAAGAGAAUGGGCCACAUUAAUAUGCUUAUAUAUUGCUUUUUACCUGGUAUCUAUACAUGUUAUUCUGAAAGGAAGCUCAGGUUUCCUCUGUUGUGGGUCCAAAGGAAAUAGUAAUGUAAAUUUUGAAGCUUCUCUUGGGCUGGAUAUUAAUUGUAGAGCAUUGGUACCAGAAGCCAGUUCAUCUUGAGUAGACUCUAGGUAGAUUCUGGUCUCCCAGUAGGGGCAUUUAGAACUUGAGUCUUAGCUUCAAGGGUAUAUCAAGCUAGUAGGGGCAUUUCCCCACUUAGACUUUGCAAUGGCAACAUCAUUCUUCUUAGGUAAAUAGUCUAAUUUGCUAGAAUCUCAGGUUAUAACACCACUUGUCUUACACUAUUGGAUUCCAUUUAUCCACAGAAACCAUUGGCAAGUGUAAAGUUGCAGCAAAACAAAUAAAAAUACAUCUCUAGUGUUAUUGGAUUUUACAUUUAAAAAAGGAUCAGCUUAAAGAGAUGAAACUUUAAUAAAUAGUAAAAGUGGCAGUUGAGAUAAUUGUUGAAACCAGUAUAUUUUUCUUUGGAUGGGAAAUUUUUCUUUAGAAUUCGU